CAACGACUGGCUCAGAGGGCAUGUUUUUUGCAGGGCACGAAAUGACGAGCGUGCGCUCAUCUCAUGCGGGUUUGACACACAGAGAGCCCCCGGAGAGCUGGUGAUGUCGACGACAGUUGCCGACGGCGCCUCUCUCCGCCCCCAGCAGGAGCCGGUUGCGUCAAACACGCUCCUCCUCUGCCUACUGCCGCGGCGCGCUUCCCAUCCCCAUCACAGGAGCGCGGACAGGAUGGAGGCCCUGUUAAAUGAGUGGCUAUGGCAGGAGGAGUACUGGCUUCCUCCUGGUACCCGCUGGCAGGACAUUGAGAUUAAGGAGGACGACGGCUGCUUUCCUCUACCCAGGGAUCUCAUCUACACCUUGCCCCUGGCCAUCGCCUUUAUAGCCCUCCGAUAUGUCUUUGAGAGGCUCAUCGCCGUCCCAUUCAGCAAACAUUUAGGUGUGAAGGAUCGGAUUCGGAUUCGAGCAGCUUCUGUACCAAAGCUGGAGACCUUCUACAAACAGAACACUCGGCAACCAUCACAAAGCGAGUUGGUGAGCUUGGGGAAGCAUUGUGGACUCUCACAGAGAAAAAUCCAGACCUGGUUCAGACACAGAAGGAAUCAAGACCGACCCAGCAAUACCAAAAAGUUCUGUGAAGCCUUUUGGCGGUUCGUUUUCUACCUGGUAGCGUUCACAGCCGGGCUUGGCUCUUUAAUUAAUACUCCGUGGUUGUGGGAUCACAGAGAGUGUUGGAGGGGAUAUCCCAAACUGCCCGUGGCCAAGGCUCAUUACUGGUAUUAUAUCCUGGAAAUGGGUUUCUAUUUGUCACUGCUUAUGUGUGUCUCUGUGGAUGUCAAGCGAAAAGAUUUCAAGGAGCAGGUAAUUCAUCACAUUGCCACCAUAUUCCUCAUUGGUUUCUCCUACUGUGCCAACUAUGUGAGAGUUGGCACUCUGGUGAUGCUGGUGCAUGACUCUUCUGACUUCCUUCUUGAGUCUGCUAAGAUGUUUCACUAUGCCGGCUGGACAAGGACAUGUGACACACUGUUUGUCAUCUUCGCUCUUGUCUUCCUCGUCACGAGGCUGGUGGUGUUUCCUGGCAGAGUGGUCCACACAACCCUGGUGGUGUCUCUAGAAUUCUUCCAGCCCUUCUUUGGUUAUUAUUUCUUCAACGCCCUGCUGUUAGUGCUGCAAGCCCUGCACAUCUUCUGGGCAUAUCUCAUUCUGCGCAUGGUCUACAAGUUUGUGUUCUUGGGCAAGGUUGAGCGUGAUGAACGCAGUGAUGAGGAGAGUGAGGUGGAUGAUGACGAGGAAGAGGAGGAGCCUGAGGAAGAAGGGGACGAAUGCAGCUGGGAGCAAAGGAAGGGUGCAAUCAACUCAAAAUUGGUAUCACUGGCUAACAACUGCGUCCUGAACAACUUGACCAACCAGAGGAAUAUAAACAGCAGACUGCCCAAAGCCAGAUAGUGGAGCCCUGUCUCGUUUACAAAGCCUCACUGGAAAAAUAUGGAGAUGAAUUUAUUUCUGACAUGAUACAUACAUAUGGCUUGUGUACAUCCAGCAAGGUCCAUUGAUGAUUUCAGAUCAGGGUAGGUCUGCAUCCUACUUUUCUUCAAAAAAACAGGACGAAGAAGCACAGAUGAUUGUAAAUCUGCACACCCAGUGUGAGAUUAGGAAGAAACGCCAUCAUUACUGCCACCCAUAGUACUGCAUAUUGGAGAAAUUAAUUGGCAAAACAAGGAGACAGUAAAAAAUUCCUUUACAUCUAAUCACACGUGUUGUUUUUUUCUAGAUUUUGUAUUUAUGCUGUUUGUUUUCAUUGUAUUAUAAUAAUUUGUUUGUAAAUACCUUAGGAUAGAAUAUGUGCUAUAAUUCAGUUAUCCUUUGUUUGGUCAACAGGACAAACGAAAUGUUUUAUACAAAAUCAAGCUGUUAUCUAAUAUGUGUAAUAAUAUGUUUUAAACAGAGCAAACUGAAGCUAAAAUGAGGUAGUAAAUCACUCCCCCAGCUUUGUAUCCACAUACACAGUAUAAUUGAUUGUACAGAGACUAUUAAAAACAUUGAUUGUAGUAAACCUGUUGACAAAUCACUUUAUAGACUAUUUUUAUGAACCAUUUACUCAACAGGCAAUUUUUAUAUUCUUUUAAUCUGUGGUAGAAUACAUCAAAGUUCCUUAGGAAUUAAAAGGUUAUAUUUUUCUGUGAUAGGAUCUGAUUUAGUCUGUUAGAUUUAAGCUCAAUUGUUAGAAGAGAUGUGGCGCCCCCCGGUGCAAAAAAGAAGAACAAAUCCUUGUAGAGAAGACACUCCCCGAGUCUGAUAAAAUGAUGCCUUUAGAAGAAAAAUCUACUGCUCCUAGACAUAUGGGCUUAAAUCAGAUGUGCAGUGGGGUCCAAAAGUCUGAGACCACUUUCCUAGGACCCCACUGCAUGUGUGUGUGUUUCUGUUUCAUUGUUCAUGACUUCUCAACGAGGUAUUUGUAAAGGUUUGCUCUACUGUACUUUGUUUUGUGCCUUUGCUGCUUUUUUUACGCUAUUCUGUGACAAGCACUUGAUAUUAUGCUCUGUGUGUUAGUAGGAUUAUCUUUACUGGACAAACACAUGAACCAGGCCUUACUGUGACUUAUUUUAAUGUUUCGCUUGGACUGUUGGUGAGGCUGGUAGCAUCUGGGUAAGCCAUGAGGAGUAUGGGUAUCAAAUAGGCAUUAGUGAAAUGUGAGAUAUUUUAAAUAGUGACGUUGUCUACAAGGCUCAGAUGAAGAAAAGUCUUUGUUAAAUGUAGAGAUUUAAUCAUUUUUUAAAACAUUGAGCGCAUAAUUUGAUAUGACUAAUACUAGAGGUCAGUGGAUUUAACAUGUAUUUAUCCAACAUACUGGAAACCAGAUCUGACAUGAGUCAUUGUCUGUAAUGUUGUGUGGCUCAGUGUUUGUAGGUUCUUGAACAUCAGUACAGUGCAACACAGAGAUAUUGUUCAUAGUAUGCAUUAAACUCAUACACAGUAUGUCAUUCACUACCGAAAACUGGUGUUACAUAGGUUAGUAAGGGCAACUCUUUAAGUGGUUGAUGUCUCCACAUACUGCUUCUAAUUUUAGAUUAAGACAAGUGUGAUAGGAGCUGUGUCUGACUGUGAAGAGGGACUUAAUAGGGAUUUAAAAUGAUGAAGUUGUAAAGCACUUAAAGGGCUGAUCCACUGAAUUACACACCUGUGAUCCCGACGAUAUUAUUUUUUUAUUAAAGAUAGAUAUAAAGUACAUAACUAGCAAAAAGCAAAUGUCAUGUUUCCACUUAAGUUACACUUGACUGUUCUCUUAUGAGUGUACAUGGAUGCUUUGUUGAUUGUGUGGGAAGUUGAAAAGUUUUAAUAAAUUACUUCUAUUGAAGAUGAUAGCACUGAUA